AUGGAUGUGACCCCAUCCGGAGAGCUCAAUGAGCACCAUUCAGAGGAUCCAAUUCAUCUCACUCCUGCUUCUAAAGAAACCGAUGACUUGAUCACAGCGGGUCUCAUAGAAGGCUCAGUUUCAGUAACAGCGGCUCUCACAGAAGCGCACGAGCCGGCUCUGCUUCAGAAUCAAGAUUUCAGCGCACGAAAUAUGGAAGCGCCUGAAGUUGAUGCACUUUUGGCCAUCGAUCUUCGGAUAAGGCUUUUGGAAACCAUCAUCGCAGGCUCUGUAUCAUCAUCGGAUGCAUUCCAAGCUCGUGUCGGUGGUUCAGAUCGUCAAAAAUUUGGCACACGCGCCGAGACGGUUGUGAAGAAAUUGAACGACGUACUACAUGCCAAGCAUAACGACGUUGUUCGCCGAUUUGUUGAGAGUUACGAUCUGAAUGAACCACUCCUACACAUCCCCAACCCUAUCUAUCAGCAGGCGCAGUCGAUUUUGGAAAAGGAUCAACGAUUAACUGCCAAUGAAAAGCUUAGUCUCGUGUUCGAGAGCGAGACAGAACUUACGACCCUCGAAAAGGAUUUAAGAGAAAUCGAUAUGUUGAACAGUCGAGGUUUUCUAGAUUCGGGCAAGCUCACAGAUGGUGGUCCUAUGAAGGAUGAUUUGAAGAGGCUGACGGAGGAGGUGAAACUCCAAAUCGAGCGCAUCACGACCAUGGAAAGCAGGACUUCCUUCACUGCUAAACCCAAUGCCGGACUAGAAAGGAACGUGCCGAAAACCGCUGAUGGUCGCCUGAUCUGA